AUGGCUGUUCGAGAGAUUUUUCUCCUAUUAGCUUUGUGUAUCAGUUCAAGUUAUGGAAUACUUCGAUUCGCUAAUUAUUUCCAGGACAAUAUGGUUCUACAGCGUGCACCACAACGUGCCGUUGUUUGGGGUUAUGGUGACGCAAAAGCUCGUACGACAUUAACAUUAAAUAAGAAAGUAUAUCAUACAAUAAGUCGUGAUGAGCCAGCCGAUAAACUUGGUGAGAGCAUUUGGUCAGUAACACUCGAUGCAGAAACUGAUGAAGGACCGUUCGAAGUAAUUGUGACACAGCCCGUCGCUAAUGGUUCUUUAGCAUCCAUAUCCUUGAAUAAUGUUCUCUAUGGUGACGUUUGGCUAUGUUCAGGACAGUCUAAUAUGCAAAUGACUGUCAUUGAUAUAUUUAAUGCUUCGACCGAAAUUGCCAAUGCAGCGAAUUAUCCGAAAAUUCGUGUGUUUACAGCUGCAUUACGAGAAUCGUCGUCACCUGUGGAGGAACUUCUUGGUAUAGUGCAACGAUGGUCUGUGGCUUCGCCGAGUAGCAUUGGUGGUCCAUCGUAUCAAUAUACAUCUGCUGUUUGUUGGCUCUACGGACGUAUGAUACAUGUUGCAUUAAAUAAUAGGCCAAUUGGUCUUAUUGCCACAUCGUGGGGAGGUACUCCUAUCGAAUUUUGGAUGCCACCACCGGCCUUACAGGAAUGCGGUAUUAAAAAGAAGAAGAGAAUUCCAUUUGAAUCCUAUGGCCAACCAAAUUUUCAACGACUAACUGCAACCAAUUCUGAGUUGUACAAUGCAAUGAUUUAUCCAUUCACAAGAAUGGUUAUUACUGGAGCUAUUUGGUAUCAAGGUGAAUCAAAUGCAUACCAAAAUCGUGAUAAAUACUCAUGUAUGUUCUCGAAAAUGAUUCAAUAUUGGCGACAAGUAUGGAAUACACGUACAAAUGGUAUCACCGAUCUGAACUUCCCCUUUGGAUUCGUCCAACUAUCGACCAAUGAAAAAAGUGGUAGUGUUGUUGGCGGUUUUCCAUGGAUUCGAUGGUAUCAAACAUUCGGUGUUGGUCAUGUACCAAAUAACGUUAUCCCAAACGUGUUCAUGGCAGCAGCAAUGGAUCUUCGAGACGAUGAUGGAAAUAUUCAUCCACGCACGAAAGAAGAUAUUGGCUAUCGUUUAUCACGUGCUGGUCUUGCUGUUUUUUAUAAGCAAAAUGUCGAAUACUUGGGACCAAUUAUCUCGAAUGCUGUUGUAACCAGUGGUAGUACGAAUAUCGAUAUCACUUACACGAGUGUCACAGGCAUUGAAUUACGUAAUGGAAAUGGAUUUGAAGUGUGCUGCCGAGGAGCAGCAAAUUGUGCCAAUGAUAAUCAAUGGUUUGCAGCACCAGCUUCUCUCAAGGGUGGUUUGACAAUCACUUUAACAGUUCCCAAUUCGUGUGUUUCGCAAACAAUCUAUGGUUUUCGUUAUCUUUGGCGAGAAACGCCUUGUCUAUUCAAACAAGCAGCGGUGUACAGUGCAACAGAUUCCAAUCUUCCAUCUCCGCCAUAUUUGAAAAUAUUUUAA